UUCAUCUCUGGCUUCAUCUCCUCCUCCAAAGUCAUCUCAAAGCUCGAAAAGGCCUCCACUUCCUCCUAAAAACUCUACACAUUCACCAUUAAAAUCACCACCUGCUCCACUGCUAUCUCCUGUUUUGCCACCACCUUCUGCGAAUCAUACUAACAAGUCACCGGAGAAGUUGAAAACCGGUUCCUCAAAGCAUCAAUCAGGCCUGAAUACAACCUUUGUUGCCGGAGUAGUAGUUGGAGUUGUCAUACUUUUUGCUCUUUUAGUUCUUUGUUGUGUUUGCCGCAUCAAAAAGAAGAAGAAGAAGAAGAAAGCACAUAAUCAGAUGCAAUACUAUGCAGAUUCAGGCACUAAAGGGGAGGAGAGUGGGUAUUAUAGCAGCACAAUAGAACCACAAUGGAAGCAAGGAAAAAGUGAAGACUUGUCAUCAUCAUCAAUCUCAAUUAAUCCUCCACCUCGUUGGCAACCACAACCACCCCCAUUAAUCCCUGAAAGUGACUCAAUCUCCUCCACUUCAAGCCCACAUGGUCCCCCUCUACCACCUCCUUACCCUACAAUCACCCUUGGCUUCAACAAGAUCUCCUUCACCUAUGAAGAGCUCUCUGUGGCCACCAAUGGCUUCUCAAAAUCCAAUCUCUUAGGCAAAGGGGGCUUUGGUUAUGUCCAUAAGGGUGUGCUCCCAAGUGGGAAAGAGAUUGCAGUCAAACAACUCAAGUCUGGUAGUGGCCAAGGUGAAAGAGAGUUCCAAGCUGAGGUUGAUAUCAUUAGUAGAGUUCAUCAUCGCCACCUUGUUUCCCUUGUUGGAUUUUGCAUUGCUGGCUCCCAGAGGAUGUUAAUAUAUGAGUUUGUUCCUAAUAAAACUCUUGCUUACCAUCUCCAUGGGAAAGGACUUCCCACCAUGGAUUGGAGUACAAGAUUAAAGGUAGCAUUAGGAACUGCCAAGGGACUUGCUUAUUUGCAUGAAGAUUGUCAUCCUCGGAUUAUUCAUCGUGAUAUCAAAUCGGCGAACAUUCUCUUAGAUGCUAACUUUGAAGCCAUGGUUGCAGAUUUUGGAUUAGCUAAACUAACUUCGGACAAUAAUACACAUGUUUCAACUAGAGUCAUGGGAACUUUGGGGUACUUGGCACCGGAGUAUGCAUCGAGUGGGAAACUAACUGAGAAGUCCGAUGUUUUCUCCUUCGGUGUAAUGCUUUUGGAGCUGAUAACUGGAAGAAGACCUGUGGAUAAUGGACACAAAUUCAUGGAUGAAGGAUUGGUGGAUUGGGCAAGACAAGUAAUGUCAAGAGCUAUGGUUGAUGGGAACUACGACGAGCUUGUAGAUUCGAGACUGGAAGGGAAGUAUAAUCCGGUCGAGCUUGCAAGAAUGGUAGGUUGUGCUGCUGCCUCUAUUCGUCAUUCCGCAAAGAGAAGACCGAAGAUGAGCCAGAUACUACGAGCAUUGGAAGGCGAUGUAUCGCUCGAGGAUUUAAAUGAAGGAGUGAGGCCUGGCCAGAGCAUGCUUUUCAGCUCCGGCUCCGACUAUGAAUCAAGCCCGAAGACCUCGAACAUGAAUAGAUUCAGAAAAGCCUCUCUCACUAGUCCAGAAUUCAGUGGUGAAUUCAACAGUCCAAAAGAAGGCAGGAAUGUCAUGAAUCAAUAUCAAGCAGCAAUUGACUACUUUCAGAAGCCAAAGAAAUGAAACAGAAACUAGUUCACUUUUAAAAACAAGUUUCUGUGAAUUAAUAUGAUCAGAUGAAUAACUUCGGAGGUGAAUUUUGGAUGUUCUUUGAUCAAUAGAGAGCUUGUUUUUUGAGUAAAAGAGAAGGCCAUGACAGUUUCCAUUGUCUUGAUGCUCAUGUGUAUUGUGAGUACGGUUGGUGAUUAAUCAAGCAAUCAUGAGCAGCUCAAGCUCAGUUUGGGAAAAACUUGAGCUCGACCGAAAAUUUAGAGUUCAAAAUUAAAUUCGAGUCGAGUCAGGGUCUGUCAAGCUUUGU